AACUUUGUUCUAGAAGACUUUACAAGGAUCUAGAAGGAACAGGAUUAAAGAUGACUGACUACUGGGAUCCAGAAAUUUAAAACAAUCAGCUUAGCAAAUCAUAUAUUCUUCAGUGGAUCUGAGAAUUGAUAAGUCUGCUCUUCACAGUGAUUUGGAACUUUCCAUCCCAAAGAAAAGUUGACCAAGAGACUGCACAGGACUGAGUCCAUAUGGAAGAAGAAUUUCCUCUUUUCUAUGGAGAAAGCGGCAAGCCAGUACAGGCUACUCUGUCAUCUUUGAAGAUGUUAGAUGUGGGAAAGUGGCCAAUGUUUUCCCUCUGUUCUGAGGAAGAGCUGCAGUUAAUUCGUCAGGCUUGCGUCUUUGGCAGUGCUGGCAAUGAAGUUUUAUAUACUACAGUAAAUGAUGAGAUUUUUGUGCUUGGCACAAACUGCUGUGGCUGUUUGGGGUUAGGGGAUGUCCAGAGUACCAUUGAACCUCGGAGACUGGAUUCUUUAAGUGGCAAAAAGAUAGCCUGCCUCAGCUAUGGGAGUGGUCCGCAUAUUGUCCUUGCAACAGCAGAAGGAGAAGUCUUUACCUGGGGUCAUAAUGCUUAUAGCCAGCUGGGCAAUGGGACAACUAAUCAUGGUUUAGUGCCCUGUCAUAUCUCUACUAAUUUAUCAAACAAACAAGUCAUUGAAGUUGCCUGUGGGUCCUACCAUUCUUUGGUGCUAACAUCUGAUGGAGAGGUAUUUGCCUGGGGUUAUAAUAACUCUGGGCAGGUAGGAUCUGGUUCAACAGCUAAUCAGCCGAUCCCUCGAAGAGUCACUGGCUGCUUACAGAAUAAAGUAGUUGUGAACAUAGCGUGUGGGCAGAUGUGCUCGAUGGUGGUAGUGGACACUGGGGAGGUCUAUGUUUGGGGUUACAAUGGAAAUGGUCAGCUGGGACUUGGCAGUGGUGGCAACCAGCCAACGCCCUGCAGAAUAGCAGCUUUGCAAGGCAUUCGUGUGCAGCGGGUUGCCUGUGGCUACGCACACACGUUAGUAUUAACAGACGAAGGCCAAGUGUAUGCUUGGGGUGCAAAUUCUUAUGGCCAGUUGGGCACUGGCAAUAAAAGUAACCAGUCUUACCCUACCCCAGUCGUUGUGGAAAAGGACAGCAGCUGCUGCGGUCAGCCAGGCCCGCGCCCCACCCCUGACUUCCCGUGUGGAGCCAGGUGUGCCAGAAUUGUAGAGAUCGCAGCCUGUCACUCUGCCCACACGUCUGCCGCCAAGACCCAGGGUGGAAACGUGUACAUGUGGGGCCAGUGCCGGGGCCAGUCGGUGAUCCUGCCUCACCUCACCCACUUCUCCUGCACAGACGACGUGUUCGCCUGCUUUGCCACCCCCGCCGUCACGUGGCGCCUCCUCUCUGUGGAACCCGAUGACCACCUCACAGUGGCCGAGUCACUGAAGAGGGAAUUUGACAACCCAGACACCGCAGACCUGAAGUUUUUGGUUGAUGGAAAGUACAUUUAUGCACAUAAAGUCCUUCUCAAAAUUAGGUGCGAGCAUUUUCGUUCUUCACUGGAAGACAAUGAGGAUGAUAUUGUAGAAAUGAGUGAAUUUUCAUACCCAGUUUACCGAGCCUUCCUCGAAUACCUGUACACAGACAGCAUCAGCCUUUCUCCUGAGGAGGCAGUAGGAUUGCUAGAUUUGGCUACAUUUUAUAGAGAAAAUCGAUUGAAAAAGCUCUGCCAACAAACUAUCAAGCAAGGAAUCUGUGAAGAGAACGCCAUUGCCCUGCUCUCAGCUGCUGUGAAGUAUGACGCUCAGGAUUUAGAAGAAUUCUGCUUCAGGUUUUGCAUAAAUCACCUGACUGUAGUAACACAAACUUCAGGCUUUGCAGAAAUGGACCAUGAUCUCCUGAAGAACUUUAUCAGCAAAGCAAGCAGAGUUGGAGCCUUUAAAAAUUGAUGCCCCUUGAAGGAAAGGAAAGUUUUUGAGCCUUCCCAUUUCCUCUGCGAAAGCCAGAGAUGAAUAACUUCUCUUUUAUAGUGUUUAUGAUGAACUCCAUUUGCCUGAAUGCUGUCCAAAGAAGGAUGGUGGUCAGUCUUCUGUAUUUGCCCAAUCCAAAGUUUAUACAGAAAGCAGUGAAUGCUUUGAUCAUAUGUGACUAAAUUCAAGGAAAAAAUUUUAAUACAUCUUCUUAUAUUUACCAUUUCCUCUUCUGAGCCACUUAAAUUGGAUACCUGGCCUCAAUAUAUGCUAUUCUGGCCAAAUGUUCCAUUAUUCAGCUAGCUGAUACUACAUAGAUAGCUUGCAAGGAAUGCUAUCCCUACCACAUUUUCAGCAUCCAGCACAGUGCCUUGCAUAUAGUAGGCACUCAAUUAACUUAACAUAAAUCUUAAAUAUGCCCUGAGAACAGCUUUAUUUGUAUAACACUGGAUGAAGGAAUAACUUCACAAAAUAAAUUUAAAACAGCCUUUAAUGAUUGAGGUUCCUAUUCUUCUGGUACAUCAUUCUGAGAAAUAGUGACUAAUUUAGAGCAUUAAUUUGAAUUCACAAAAGGCCUUGGCAGUGGUCAGAGGUCCAAGGGCUAACUUUAAUUUUCUGUUUACUUUGAGUUGUUAAUUUCUCAUAUGAGAUUACUGAAUAUGAAGGAUUAUCUUUGAAUGAAUGAAAUAUCAGGGCUCAUCUGCCUUACAUCACUGCAUAAGGUCCUUUGCUUUACUUUGUGUUAAGAGGGAUUUGCCUACGUAAGUAAAAAUAUUUUGUGUUUUUCUUGUAACUGACUUUUAUGUCACUGUAAAACAGGUCUCAUAACCUGGCACUAGUAUAAUUAUAAAGUGCAAGCUGAAAAGGAACUAAUACAUUUCAUGGACAGCAUAAACAACAAUGAGAUAAAUUUAUACUUUUUAGAUCAAAACAAAUUACCUAAUUGCAAAAAAGGAAAGUGGAAUGGACAGUAGCAUCAGAUUCUUCUAAUAUGUACCUCACAAUAUAUUAUAUAAAAAAAAAACCCUUUGGGAUUAGAAAUCUUGUUCUGAUGCUGAACUAUUUGAUAAUAAAGUGUUUGUUUGCAGAUAA